AUCUGACCCAAAAAACAUGUAAGAUCAUAUUGAAUUAGAAGCCAGGCACAUGAUACGUCAGGUUUAGCAUUUUUGAAAUUGGUGCAAUUUGUGCUCCUCAUGACAGAGGUGUCAUGUGUUCUCUGCCAAACAAACUGGCGUGAUGUUGCCCCUCCUCCUCCUCCUCUUCCCCGGCUCGCUCGCGCAGAGAUUCUUUUCAUUCCAGCCCACGUUUGAGAGUAACAAAUGUGUUGAGGAGGAAACAUCAGGCAUCAUGCAGGCCUCACACCCUUUAGGGCCUGGAGAACAGGUAGAACCAGCAGGUUGCUGGACAGGAACCAGCUUCUGUGCCACUAAACAGGAAGGGAUGGGCGACAUACAAGACUCUGUGACCCCGUCCCCUCCAUUACCAUUGAUGAGACAGGCCAAUCACAAACAGACCAAGUGCUGUUGAAUAGGUGGAGCUUAGCAUUGAAACAGGGUGUGGUCCUGAAACCAGCAAGCUCUUGUUGGAUUUUGAAUCAACCAUUUGUGGAGAGACACUCUUCUUUGGAUUACCUGCCUUCAACACAUCAAUCAAAGUGGUGCUGCUCAUCUGCUCUGGGAUCUUCAGGGUUGGCUGUGCAGGAGGGAGUGCUGAGGACUUGUGCUCAGCAGGGGUUUUCGUAAGAAUAAGAAGAAAAGCCUGGUAGUCACCAUGCUGCGAGACAUGUAUUCAAACAUUUUAAAAAUACACAAUAAUCUACAAUCAAGAACUGAUGCCAGAGUCAAAGACUAUCCUCUGAUGAAGAGUCCUGUAGAGAUGACCACCAUCCUGUUGGCUUAUGUCUUCUUCUCUGUUUAUGUCGGGCCUCGCUUGAUGGCCAAUCGCAAACCAUUCAGCUUGAAGAAACCCAUGGUUGUCUACAACCUUAGCAUGGUGUUAUUAAAUGCCUACAUAGUGUAUGAGUUCUUAAUGGCAGGAUGGGGAACCACCUAUACAUGGAGAUGUGACCUCGUUGACACCUCCAACAGCCCUAUGACCCUCAGGAUGAUUCAAGCUGCAUGGCUGUUUUAUUUUUCAAAAUACAUUGAACUUCUUGAUACCGUCUUCUUUGUACUGAGGAAGAAACAAAGUCAGAUCACAUUUCUUCACGUGUUCCAUCACUCGGUCAUGCCCUGGUCAUGGUGGUGGGGCAUCACCUUGACUCCUGCUGGAGGAAUGGGCUCCUUCCAUGCCUUAGUGAACGCCGUGGUCCACGUCAUCAUGUACUUUUACUACGGUCUGUCGGCUGCAGGACCUCGCUUUCAGAAAUACCUGUGGUGGAAGAAAUACAUGACUGCCAUCCAGCUUACACAGUUUGUGGUGAUUUCCAUUCAUAUCAGCCAGUACUACUUCAUGGAGAAGUGUGACUAUCAGGUCCCCCUGUGGAUCCACAUGGUCUGGAUGUAUGGCAUCUUCUUCUUCCUCCUCUUCUCCAACUUUUGGAUACAGGCAUAUAUAAAAGGCAAUCGUCUUCCCUCAGCAAAAAAGCUAAAAAUGAACGGUUCAACGAACGAUUCCAUCUCUGUGGUAGCCAACGGCAAACAUCUGGAGAACGGACAUGCAACCCACUACAGCAACGGCAAAGUCCUGAUGGGCAAAGUAAAAGAGAUCUGAGUUGAUCAAGUGAGACUCUCACCGUAGUGUAUUGGAGUAGAACAGGCCAAUAUUCUACUUCUAAACCUUGUCGUUUUAACAUAAGCCCAGUCCUGUUUUGAAAAUAUUUGUACACUCAUUGGGAUAUGAAUGCCUUUGUGUUUUGCCGAUGACCUGCGUGUGACAUUGUCUUUGUUAGUCGUUUUAAAUAACUAUUAACUGUGGCACUCACUGUGUGAUGAGUUGGUUUCACAUUAGUCACUAAUAGUGUUUUUCAACUCGGGCUUAAACCACAAAAAAGCUUGACCCUCACUGUUUGGCUGGCAUGACCCUCUUAGCUGGCAAGUAUCACACUGUUUCCACCAAAGGCUAGUGCACAAUGUAAAUAGCUGUGCCAAAGUUUGUGCCAAAACAAGGGUUUUUGUUGAAAUAUCAAAUAAUUCAUUUAUUUACCAUGUAUUUAUUUAUCAUUUGAAAUAAAAAAAACAUUUUA